UGCUCUGACUGACCAGUAGCACCCCCCCUCCUACAUCAGAGCACAGGCAGGAGAAAGUGUGUGAGAAGAAGUGUGUCUCAGCGAAAGUAAAAAGAUGAGAGGUUGUUUUUUGUUUUGUCCAGUAAGGUUUACUUUUCUAAGCUGAGCUUCAGGUCUGGAUCAGUCGCUGAUGGGGACCUGUGGAGGAAUUUAAAAAUGUCAUACUUCCUGUGAUUGAGGAGGAUCGGUCAGCAGAGAGAUGUCCUGAAGAAGAAAAAAGCUGAAAUUAAAAUCUGUUUCUGGACGUCCAUCUUUCCAUUGGUUAACUUGCUGUCAGCCAUGGACUCCCAGGGGGGUCCGUACCUCAAUAAGGGGGCUCUCUUGUCCCCCCUUGGGGCUGCCCGUCUCUGCCAGUUAGCUAUGGGCUGUGCUGUGAUCGCCAUGGUGACCCACAGUGCAGGGUACAGUGGGUCACAGGGCAUGUUCUGCAUGGGGGCCUGGUGUUGCUGCUUCGCCAUGACGGCGGCCGUGUUCUUCCUGGACGCCACUCGUCUCUACAGCUGCCUGCGGGUGUCCUGGGACAACCUGACGGUCACCUGGGCGGCCUGCGCCACGCUCAUGUACGUCACAGCCUCUGUGGUUUACCCAUUGUUCUUUGUCCGAUCUGAGUGCCCAUAUGAAGGCUGUGAAGUCAGAGAUUUCCGCAUUGCCGUCACCGUCUGCUCCAUCCUGGGAACUCUGGCCUACGGUGCCGAAGUGGCUCUGUGUCGGGCCAGACCAGGCCAGAUUGUGGCGGGCUACAUGGCCACCGUCCCUGGCCUUCUUAAAGUCGUCCAGGCCUUUGUUGCCUGCAUCAUAUUUGGAGCUCUUGCCAACGGGAGCCAGUUUUCAAGCUAUGCUGCCACAAUCUACUGCGUGGUUGUCUACGCUUCUUGCUUUGCUCUCACUGCCUUGGUGGUGAUAAUGACAGUAUGUAAACGCACUAAAACUGUGAGGUGCAUGCCCUUUGAGCGCUUUGUGGUGGUGUGCACUUUCCUGGAGGUUUUGCUCUACCUAAGUGCUUCAGUGGUGUGGCCGGUUUUCUGCUUUGACACAAAGUACGGGUCUCCAUGGAGACCAUCAUCAUGUCCACAGGGCAAGUGUCCUUGGGACAGCAAAGUGGUGGUUGCUGUCUUCUCCUGUGUGAACUUUGGUCUAUAUCUGGCAGACCUGCUUUACUCACAGAGGAUCCGAUUUGGCUCAUCACGUGUUCCUGCUCACUCACGGGUGUAGAACCACUUGUUUUAGAACUGUUUGUUUUAGAAAGUUGAGAUAUCUACACAUAUUAUAAGGAUAACGUACUUAAAGGUGGUACCAACUAAAUGAGUUGGAUUUAAACAUCAAUUAUAUGUCAUAUAUUUAGAGAAAAUUAAUUAGCAUUGUUUUUUUAUUGUUAAUUUUCUAAAAUAAUUUGAAACAUAAAAAGGAGAACAUAUUAAAGUUCAAUGAAAGGUAAUUAUUUGAAUAACAUUAAGGGUUUUAUUGUAAGAGAUUACAGAUUUGUGAAACUUAAUUUCUUUAUAUUUUUACCUUAAUAUAUCCAGGCGUCCUGGUUACAGUAUGUUUUAAAGUGACCUUCAUCACAGUUUUUUUUUUUUAAGUUUUCUAAUUGCCUUGCCAAGUUUUUAUUUCUUUAGCAUGUUCAGCUUGGUCCUUAUCAAAGGCAGCAUGAUGUAUUGUGUGUGCUUCAAAAAGUAGGAAAGUGGAUAGUUAUUUGGGUAAAAUAAAGAAAAAGCCUGAACCUUA